CGCGGGCAUUGACAUGCGGCAGAGGGCGCGCCGGUCAAUCAAUCACAUCACAAGCGUAAUGAUAAAAUGGAGUCUUAUUUCUGUGAGCAGUUUGUACACAAAUUCUAAUUAGUUUUAUGUACAUAAUCAGUAUUAGACGUAACAAUAAGCAACGUUAGGCGGUAUCGGACGCGAUCAGGAUCGCCGUUUGCAUCGGGACGAGUGCGAAAACGCGGUGAAAAGUGAAAAAUCGGAUUGCAGUUCGGCCACAGCGGAACGUAUACACACACAUACACACGAUCAACGGUGUCCAUGGUAAGUCGUUUCGUGCCUCCGAUGCGAUUUCGGAGCACACCGCAUGUAUUUGUUUAUAAUAACCACGGGAAAGGCCGUCGACCUAUAUAGUUUUUUGCGGAAAAAUCGGGACGUUUUGCCAUAAAAUCGUCAUCGCUAUUGGUUCUUCGGAAAUCAACAUUUCUUAACGAGAUAUCACCUGAUUGGUCGCGUUUCGACAAACUAAAUACCGAAUCGCAUUAUUCUAACCAAUUAACCAGUCUCUUUUUCGCUCAUUACGGCCAGUGUAAGUGCGUUUUCGCGUAGGAAAAGGCCACCCGGGAACCGCAAAACGGGCGAAAGUCGACGGGAUAGCCGAGGCCCAGAGAUGCUGUAGUGAGAUGAGCAAUAAAGACGAAACGAAGAUAUGUGCUGCCUAAAGCAAUGGACUCAUACGACUUGUUCGGGGAAGAUGGCACUGGAAUGUUGGAAGGUUUGCCGGAUCUGGCUGGAGGCGGCGGAGGCGCUGGCGGUGCUGGAGGCGGAGCUGGCGGUGGUUUCGAUCCCACUCCGGUGACUGGCGCACCGAGAAAUGCGAACGCGUACCCAACACAACAACAACAGCAGCCCAUUUAUUCGCAAGAUACUCCACUACAAAAAUUAGCCACAUUCGGAGGAUCUGAUUUUAAUCACAUGGAUCCGAACGCUCAGAACAUUUAUUCCCAAGGUUAUGGCACAGACAGGCCGAUGGGGCCGCCCCCUGGAGCCGCCUAUCAACAUCAAAGGCAGAUGGUUAGGCCACCCACUGCAUCUGCCACUGCCCAAUAUCCGUAUCAGACGGAUAAUAUGUAUUCCAUGCCCGAUGUUCAGGUAAGCGGUAUGGGUGACGCGAGUAAUAUGCAAGCAGCUGCUGCGAGUUGGAAUCAACACGCCGCUGCAGCGGGCUACCCUGGUAUGCAUAGGUACACCCAAAUGAAUCAGUACAGACAACAGUCGAUGUCUGGCUACCCUCAUCAGCAGGAACCCAAGCAACAAUUUUCGCCGGCGCAACAUCCCAUGAUGCAACAGCAGCAUCAGGCUACCUAUCAAAUGCAACAAAGGCACGCUCCGCAUUACCCGCAAACGGCGUCGGGAUAUCCCGCGUCGGCGUCGAGUCAAAGUUAUGCGAAUUACAUGCACCAACGAUUGCCGCAUCAUCAUCAGUAUCCGCAACCGCAUCAUCAAAUGGAUAUGGCUGCUGUCUCGCAAACGCAGCAAUACGCUCAAAUGGGCCACGGCCAAAGUUUACCCCACGGUGCUCCGACCGGUGGACAUAUGGGACAAUCUCCGCAUUCGGUUGGCCAUCCGCCGGGGCAUCCGUCGAGUCAUGCUCCCAGCCACGCACCAGCUCAGAACCAUUCGGCUCCCCAACAACCACAGCCGCAAAAUCCCAUGGCACAUCCCGGUAACCUUGGAUACAAUCAAAGUCACCAAGCCAUGCAGCCAAUGCAACGCCCAAUGGAAGUGCCGCCUAAUCAACAGCAGUUUCAGCCCAAGCAUUCGACGGGUCCUAUGGGCAACGUGAGCCCGCAGUAUAGGGCGCCUUUUCCACAAUUAUCUCCACAAAUGUCACCGAGGUCUCAGAUGUCACCUAGACCUACGCAAACAUCUCAAAUGUCGCCAAGGCCUAAUAUGUCACCGGCUAAACCUAACAUGUCGCCUCAUCCUCCUCAAAUGCAACAAACGACUCUAAGUCCUAGACCUACGACGAAUAUACCGCCGAAAGUUUCGGCCGCUUCUCCGGCACCGAUGCCACCGUAUUCGCAGCAAAGUACUCUGCAAGCGUUAGAACAGAUGGUAAUGCCGCCGUCUAGCACAAAUGCCACCGAAUAUCCUUCUUACCAGUCCAGGAGCUCGCUAGGACCUCCGCAGGGUCCGCAGAACCCUCUAAGCCCGGCAAUGGGAAUGAGAAAUCCAAUGAACGAACAACAAUGGCCGCCGCUAGUUCAGGCGCGACAAGUUUCGCAUUUGUCAAAUUUGAACGGUUCGAUGAACGUGAUGGACCAAAAUCCGGUACCGCCACCGACCAGUCAAUCGAUACCUCCGACACAGUCGUUGGCGCCGUCGAAUUUGCCAAAUACGCAAAUGCCUCCUGCGCCUAGCAUAAACGUUGGGUUUGGUAACGAAGAAAUGAGAAGUGAUAUUAGUAAUACAAAUAGUACGAAUUUAUUAGAAAUUCCAAUUAGGGAAAAAGACUCUUCUGUGUCGCAGAGCAUUCCUAGUAGUCAAAACGAUUUUACCUCAGUUCAAUCGCCCACUACGAGUAUACCGGAUAAGAUGCCCAGUAGUACGACUAACACUGAAGUUAAAAUUUCUACGUCAACAAUACCUCCUUCGAUAUCGUCUCAUCCUCCUACACCAACGCCAUCGUCUACGACUGAUGAUAAUGUGAUUCAUACUCAAGAGACUAGUCUUCCUUCAAAUAGCGAAUCUGUUAAACAGAUUGAUGAAUUAAGCAACACUAGUUCGACUUCUCAACAACAGACUCCAAGUCAGAGUAAUCAAAACAACUUCACAGAUUUUAACUGUGUGUCUAGCAUGACAGGUUAUCCUAGUCAACCUAAUACACCAAAAAGUAACAAAAUGGACGACUUGGUACAAUCUAAUACCUCGAUAUUUACUCAAGAUAACUCAGUAUCUCAAGAAUCUUUACCGGAAUCUAAUAAGUCUGAUCGUAGUUCAACGCAUUCUCCAAGAUUACAAUCGCCUACAUCAAACAGUCAAAGUUCUAUGCCUUUGCCUUCUGGUGUUUCUGCAAAUCAAAGAGAUAACAGAACGCCGUUUAGUACGAAUUACGAAUCGAAUCCAUCACCCACUCAAUCACACUCUUUAGUACAAAGUACAAAUAGAGCAACAACAAGUCCUUUAGGGCAAACUAAUCAGAUGACGUCGGCGCAGAUGCUUCCGAAAAUAACUCAACACCUCAGCAACAUACAAAAUCAAAGUCAACAGCAACAAUCGCCUGCUAGCAUUUCUCAAAAUCAAAGCGUCGGUAUGCAAGAACAAAAUAUGUCUAGCAACACUAAUAGCAUGUCUAGUCCACCGUCCCUUUCAGCACAAGGCAGUAUGCCAGCAACUCUGAAUUCUAGCAGUAUUCCGAGCACUCCUAGCAACACGGCCAUUCCUGCUACAAUACCGACUACUAUACCAGCCCAGACAGAAGUUAACGCGGCUCAAAGUAUUCCAUCAAAUCAACAGAGUAUUAUAAAUCAAACUACACCAAAUAUUGGAUCUCAAACAACACCGUUGGCCGGUCAAAACGCCUCGCUGGGAUUACAAAAUACUACGACGGGUCAAAGCAACAUAACUACUCCACCAUUGCAAAGUAAUUUGGCUUCUAUACCUAGCCAGAACAAUUUGCAAUCCAUGCCUAAUCCUGUGACUAUUCCCGGCCAAGCACCGAUGCAGAAUAUUCAAUCUCCACCUCCACAAUCGAAUAUUUCUCUGAUGCAAUCACAGAAUCUUCAAGGACAAAACGUCCCCUCUACUCCACAAGCACCGCUGCCUCAAAUUCCGCACCAGAUUCAAAAUACGACCAUCCCUCCUAUGGGAAGCGUGCAAAAUCUCCCUCAAAAUACCAAGCCAGGAAUUUACGAUCAGAAUACUCCGCUAAUGAACACCAACAGCAUGUCGAUGGGUAAUAAUUUAAAUAUGGCUCCUAGAAUGACGCCGCACGGCAUGCCAAUGACUCACACCGGAAUGCCUCUGGGAAUGACCGGCCACCCGGGAAUGAUGGGCAUGAUCCCAGGACCAGAUAUGCCGGGUUACCAAACGCCAAUCAGCCAUCACCAAGAGCGCGCGGCGUUACAACAACAACUGCAGGAAAUGUUUUGCAUGCCCCCUGGACCGGAGCAUCAAGAAAAGAUCACUUUCCUUCAAGAACGAUUGAAUCUCCUUAGUCAACACGAAGCAAGCGAACAAUGCAACGGUGGCUCUCAGUGUAUACUACAAAGUCCUAUGUACAAUUCGCCGAUGAUCGACAGUCCACAGGUCUCUAGUACAACAGGUAGAGGCAGGACAAAAGGUCAGCAUAAACCUAGAAAACCGCGUUCAAAGAAAGGAGAAAAACUCGCCGAAAUCAACCAAGUUGAACCUCCAUUAAACACCAUAAUGCCAGUAAUAACGCAACAGCCGCAACAAUUACCGGUAUCUGAAGAUUUCGUGACGCCUGGUGCAGGUCUGAGCAUUCCUUCUAACGAACUGUCAGAUUUUACGGAUCUCGGAGUAGACGUCGAACCGGAGAAGAAGAAAAAAGGCAGGAAACCCCGCGGUCCGAAUAAAUCCAAAGAAGGCAAAGAAAUGCGAGAACCGAAAGCGCCGAAAUCUCCAAAAGAACCUAAAAUAUCGAGAGAGAGGAAGAAGCGCGACCAGAAAGAUUCCCAAGAGCCGCGCGUUAAACGAAAGUACGUAAGGAAGAAGAGGUUCGGCGAAUCGGAGGAAAGCGCCACCGACGAAUCCUUCAAUAAAUCGAACGAAAGUAACGAAGAAGGGCCGCUGUCGGUGCCCAACGAAUCUUCGAAAACCUCGGAAGCCGAAGCCGAGGCGGUUAUUCCGUUCGAAUCCAAAGUCGAAGAUCCCGAUUCCCAAACAUUGCCCGAAAGUUCGGUGAUGUCUAUCGAAAAACCCGAAGAAAUGCAGGCUGAUUCUCAAACACCCGCCGAAGGUAACGCCUCCAACGAAGUCGAGGAAAGCAAAAAAGACGAAUACAACUUCGACGACGAACCAAGCCCGGAAGCGGCCGAAGUACCGAAAAAGAGCAAAAAAUCCAGAAGCCAGCCGAAAACGAAACAAGCCGGCAGCAAGCGAUCCAAGCGAGGUUCGACCACUGGUCGCAGGCGUAGAGGAACCAUCGUACCCGAAUCCGACGGCGAAAACGAGGAUAUGAUCUCUACACCGCCACCUUCGCCGCCCGACGAUGGAGAAAACUCUCUGAAGCGCAGAUCUGCGAGGAACACGCAACGUAAGAAGUACAUCGACGACGUGAUGCUUCGUUUCUCCGACGACGACGCGCCGCCGACGCCUUCGAGAAGCAGGAAACACCUCGUACCCGCGACUCCGCUCAUUCCUGCUCCACAACCGGGCGUGAUGACGAGUCCGAACAUGUCUGCAGCGCAUUCCGAGGACGGCGGCGCCGCGAUCGAUUCCAAAAAUCAAAUGAACUACGUAUACGUGAACCCCACGGAGGAAGACUCCAUGGUUGUGCAGUACGUGCUAUGCGCUAGGAUGACCAAGCGAAAAACCAAAAAAGAAACUACUGUAGAGGAGAUCAAGAAGGAGGAACCCAGCGAGGAGGUUGAAAAGAAAGAAAAAGACGAAACCGACGAUGAAGAUGCCAAAUCUAAAACUUCAGAAUUGCCAAAAACCGAAGAGAAACUAGAAGACGACGAAGACGAGGAGGAGGUCGAGGAAUACUACGUAAAGUACCGGAACUUUUCCUAUUUGCAUUGCGAAUGGAAAACCGAGGACGAACUCUACAAAGGAGACCGAAGAAUCGCUAAUAAAAUCAAAAGAUUCAAGCAGAAACAAGCGCAACAGAUGAACAUUUUCGAGAAUUUGGAGGAAGAACCCUUUAACCCAGAUUACGUGGAGGUUGAUAGGGUGUUGGAUCUCUCCGAGCACACCGAUUCUACAACAGGAGAAGUUGUGAAGCAUUAUUUAGUCAAGUGGAGAGCAUUGCAAUACGAAGAUUGCACGUGGGAACUCGAAGAAGACGUAGAUCCGAUAAAAAUUCAGCAGUACGAAAGGUUCAGCAAACUACCAACGAAAGAUUUGAUGAAAAUCAAGAAGAGAGGAACUCCUGAACAAUGGACGAAGUUAGAAAAAUCGCCGAUUUACAAAGGCGGAAAUAGCUUAAGAGAAUACCAACUGGAAGGUCUAAACUGGCUGCUUUUCUCUUGGUUUAAUUGCAGAAACUGCAUUCUCGCCGACGAAAUGGGACUGGGAAAAACCAUCCAAAGCUUAACAUUCCUGCAUUCAGUAUGGGAAUGGGGCAUACGAGGACCCUUCCUAGUUAUAGCACCUUUAUCAACGAUACCUAAUUGGCAGAGAGAAAUAGAAAGUUGGACCGAUAUGAACGUGAUAGUCUAUCACGGAUCAGCUACUAGCCGAAACAUGCUACAAGAGUACGAAAUGUACUACAAAAACGACAAAGGACAAUUCAUCAAGGACAUAACCAAAUUCAACAUCCUCAUAACCACUUUCGAAAUCAUAGUCACAGAUUUCGCCGAUUUGAAGGGCUUCAAUUGGAGAAUAUGCGUCAUAGACGAGGCGCACCGAUUGAAAAACAGAAACUGCAAACUACUAGAAGGCUUGAGGCAAUUGUCGCUCGAACACAGAGUUCUUUUGUCCGGCACGCCGCUACAAAACAACGUUAACGAACUCUUCUCGUUAUUAAACUUCCUGGAACCCAGCCAAUUCGGCAACAGCGAAACGUUCAUCAACGAAUUCGGAGCGCUGAAGAGUGAACAGGAAGUUCAGAAGCUCCAGUGCCUCCUGAAACCGAUGAUGCUGAGGCGAUUGAAGGAGGACGUCGAAAAAUCCCUAGCACCGAAAGAGGAAACCGUAGUCGAGGUGGAAUUGACAAACAUCCAAAAGAAGUACUACAGAGGCAUAUUGGAGAGGAACUUUUCGUUCUUAUCGAAAGGUACCACGCACGCGAAUAUACCGAACCUAAUGAACACGAUGAUGGAACUCAGAAAAUGCUGCAUACAUCCCUAUUUACUGAACGGCGCCGAAGACCAGAUUCAGUACGAUUACAAAAAUCAUCACGGCGAAGAUCCGGACGCUUACUACAAAGCUCUAAUCCAUUCCAGCGGUAAAAUGGUGCUUAUCGACAAGUUAUUACCGAAGUUAAAAGCCAACGGCCAUCGAGUACUAAUCUUCAGUCAGAUGGUCAAAUGUCUCGACAUAUUAGAAGAUUACCUGAUGUUCAAGAAGUAUCCUUUCGAAAGAAUCGACGGAAGAAUCAGAGGAAACCUAAGGCAGGCAGCUAUUGACAGAUUCUCCAGGCCGGAUUCGGACAGAUUCAUAUUCCUGCUCUGCACGAAAGCAGGCGGUCUCGGCAUCAAUCUAACGGCAGCCGAUACUGUCAUCAUAUACGACAGCGACUGGAACCCCCAGAACGAUUUGCAAGCCCAAGCCAGAUGCCACCGAAUCGGCCAGCAGAAAAUGGUGAAAAUCUACCGACUGCUAUGCAGAAACACCUACGAACGAGAAAUGUUCGACAAAGCCUCUCUAAAACUCGGCUUGGACAAAGCGAUCUUGCAAAGCAUGAACACAUCCCAAGGCGGAAAAGAAACGGGAAACAGACAACUGAGCAAGAAAGAAAUCGAAGAUCUCCUCAAGAAAGGAGCGUACGGCGCCCUGCUCGACGAGGAGGACGGCGACAAAUUCUGCGAGGAAGACAUCGACGUCAUCCUGGCGAGAAGGACCCAAGUCAUCACCAUGGAAUCCGAAAAGGGAUCCACCUUUUCGAAGGCGAGUUUCGCGUCCAGCGCCAACCGGUCCGACAUCGCCGUCGACGAUCCGGACUUCUGGAACAAGUGGGCCAAAAAGGCGGAAAUCGACACCACGGAGAAGGACGAAAACGAGGACCUGGUGCUGUCGGAGCCGCGCAGGCGCACGCAAAUCAAGCGGUACGGGCACGACGAGAGCGCCAUCGACAUGUCGGAGUUGGAGAGCUCCUCGGACUCCGAUCCGGAGAACGAGGGCCUGGGCGGCAGCUUGAGGUCCAAGAAGAAACUGCGGAAGAGGAAGUACAGGCUCGACGAUUACAUACCGAGAGAGGGCGAUUCUCGCGGCGAAAUCGUCUACGGCAGUUGGGCGAGGCGCGAAUGUUUCAUGGUGGAAAGAGGCCUGCUCACAUUCGGUUGGGGCAGAUGGCAGGAAAUACUCAUGCACUCGCAACUCAGGAAGGGCUGGAAAGAAUCCGAUAUCGAAGAUUGCGCUCGAGUUAUAUUGUUGUACUGCUUGAGGUUCUACAGAGGCGAUGAAAAAAUCCGCAGCUUCAUCUGGGAUUUGAUUGCACCGUCCGAGAACGGCGAGCAGAAGAUAUCCAAGAACCACCACGGUUUGAAGGAUCCGGUGCCGAGAGGCAUCAGGAACAAGCACAAGAAGAAAGACAAGGGCAUUUUGGCCAAAGACCUGAAACAUCCGGCCAUCACGGACCCGAAUCAUUGGAGCAAAUGCGAGAAAUACGACGGCGACAUAUUCUUAGAGAGCAACUACAAAAAGCACCUCGGAAGACACGCCAACAAAGUGUUACUUCGCGUAAGGAUGUUGUAUUACAUAAAACACGAAAUUAUAGGGGAUUUGGUGCAACAGAUCGCCGAUGGUGUACACGCAAGUGCCCUGCCGAUAUAUCCUCCUGUAACGGAGCAAUUACCUUGCGUGUGGUGGGAUGGUGAAUGUGACAAGUCUCUGCUCAUUGGCACUUGGAAGCACGGCUAUGAAAAUUAUACGGAGAUGCGUGCUGACCCUACCCUGUGCUUCCUGUCUCGUUGCGGACCGCCCUCCGAUAGAGAGCUCCAGAUGGCUACGAAUAACGCGUUACCCCCAACGCCCGCACUCAACGACUACGACGGCGAGGACGACGACACCAACGAGGAGUCGAGCGUCAAGUCGAAGACGCGCGAGGCGUCUGAAGGGAAUUCGGAGAUAGCGGAGCCGUCGCCGGGACCGUCGGCGUCGUCCGAGACCCAACCGUUGGACAACGACGACGAUCCGGACGACAAGAACUGGCCGACGAUCACCGAUCUCAACACUCGCCUGAGGCGCGUGAUUACUUCGUACCAGAGGAAUUGCCGCAAGGAAGAGCAGAAAUUGGCCGCGUCCAAAUCGAAGCCCCAGAUAGAUAGCGCCCUGUCCUCUCCUCUGGCCGCGUUGGCGCAGGUGUCGCAGCAGUUUGAUCCGAGGGACGCGGCCGCCCUAGGGCUCCAGGGAUGGGAUCUGCAACAGCUGGCCCUCUAUUUGUUGAAGAUGGAGAGACAAGGAAAACAAGCGUUGGAAUCGCUGAGGGAACCUAAAGAAAAAGAGAGACCAAACAUAGCCAAAAGGUGGACGAAACGGGAGGAGGCCGACUUUUUCCGAGUGGUAUCUUCGUACGGUGUGAUCUAUUCCAGGAAGAAAAAGUCCUACGAUUGGAUUAAAUUCAAGCAGCUCGCGAAGCUGGAGAAGAAGGCCGACGACGAGUUGACCGAAUAUUACAAACAUUUCGUUGUUAUGUGUAAAAAACAAACCGGUUCUGGUGGCGAUGAAUCGAAUUACGACACGUCCAUAGAGCACAUAUCCGAGGAAAAGGCGAGACGAACUUUGGAAAGACUGGAAUUGCUCUCCAGGAUCCGAGAGGAGAUCAUAACGCAUCCGAAACUGGACGAAAGGCUGCGUGUGUGUCUUUCAUCAGCCGAUAUGCCCGAAUGGUGGAUAGCCGGAAAACAUGACAAAGAUUUAUUAUUAGGUGUUGCAAAGCACGGUUUAGGCAAAACAAAUUACUAUUUGUUAAACGAUCCAGACCUAUCGUUCCAUGAAGUACUGCGUAAAAAGGUUCGAUCUGAAUCGGCCGAUUCGAAGGAAGCUAUAAAAUUAGAAAGUCACGAAGAUAUUCUCAAAUUCGACAAAGACGAGAUUUUGGUCAAACUCGAAAAGGGCGAAGGAACCUUGAAAAUAGAGAAAGUUGUACCUAAAAAGGAAAACGUCGAUAAGAAAGUCGAAGAAGAGAGUAAGGUAAACCUUACUGUAGUCAAAAGUGACGUUUGCGAAAAGGAACCAGUUAAAGAAAUUAUCAAAGAGGAAGAAACUGAAAAAGACAAAGAAAAAGAAAAAGAGCCAACCGAAGAAAAGGAAGAUAAGGAGGAAGCUACAGAAAUAACUGUAGCAAAAGUAGAAAAGGAAGAAGUGGAAGAUGUAGAAAUGAAGGUCGAAAUCGAAGAAAUGAAAGGUGAACCUGAAGAUAAAGUGGAAGAAGUCAAAGAAGCCGAAGAAAUCAAAGAGGUCACAGAAGACAAAGAGGUUACAGAAGGCAAAGAACCUGAUGACGAGAAAAAAGAAAUAGAACCGGAGGUAACAGAUGAAGUGAAAUCGGAGGCUAAAGAAAGUCAGGAUCAAGAAGAAAAGGAAAAGGAUAAUAUCGAAGACAAAGAUAACGAUGCAGAAAAAGAUAACGAUGCAGAAAAAGAUAAAGAUACAGAAAAAGAUACAGAUACGGAUAAAAAUAAAGAUAUAAAUAUAGAUAAAAUAACGGAAACAGAAACAGAAAAAGAUAAGGAACCAGAACAACUAGAAGAGAAAGAAAAAGAAAAGGAACCAGAGGUUGAAAAAGAAACCGAGAGUGUACCCAUUCCUAAACCAAAAGAAGAAGUAAAAGAACCGCAGGAACCGAAAGAGACUAAAGACACUCUUAAAAAACUAGCCGAAGAAGAAGCAGACUUGUGUUCCAAGCAAGCGGCCGAACUCAAAGCUAUGUUCCCCGACUUGGAAGUUAUCCAGCCCCUAUCGCGCCUUUCUCAAGUCGACACGUUCGUUCUUAGAGACAAACCGGCCACUGGAGCUUUAGAUUUCACCGAAACAACGGUAGCUCAACUGUUUAACAACGCGGUGAAAUGGCCGAAGGAGUACGCGAUUCAAGUUCGGCUGCAGCACAUAAUAUACGCCAUUGAAACUAAAGAAUGGCCCGUUACUAAGACAUUCUCCGCUUACGCCACUGGUAUUGGAAACGAGUUCGAUAUACCAAUACACGAGAUACCCAACGAACCGCCGAAAAGGGAGACUUCAACGCCCAUGUCUAUUGGCGAUACCGAUAUAAUAAGCAUAAGCAGCGAUCGCUACGCGGCUAAUAAAAAACGCAAAAGGCACAUUGCCAUCGAUGUGGAAACCGAAAGGGCUAAACUGCACGCUUUGUUGAAUAGCAGUCACAUGACUAAUGCACUACCUAAACACAGUAUGGGUUGGGACAACGAUGAUUCGGAGGAAUCUAGGAGAUCUACUCCUGUUCAGCAUGCACAGCCGCCACCCGCGCAUCAGCAGGCAUCCAGAAUGAACUUGUCUAAUUUGAAAAUGCCGUACGAUUUGCAGUAUCAUCACCAACCGAUUGCUAAAACUAUCGGGCAAACUACCGUAAUACCGGGCACUAGCAGUACACUUACGCCCAUCGAUUUAAGUUCAAGUAUACCCAAAUCGGACAAAUCGUCAAUGGAUCAAAAUGAAGCGCAAGACUUUUCCGUCAAAAAAUCCUCUAUAUCUUUACCGAAAAGUACGAAUAAACUGGACGAUACGCUAUCUAAAUUAAUGAAAAGAAAGAACUGCCCCGAACCCGAACCUUUAAUCGGCAAAGAAAAGAAGCGUAGAAAACUGGACGAAAUUGUACUCGGCCUCUCCGCGGCCAAAGAGCAAUCCCUCUUCAGUCCGGAACCAUCGAAAAAACAACCCGUUACACCCAGCGUCACCGUAACCCCCACGUCCGCCCCCGUAAGCUCGUCCCACAAUCCCAGUCAAAAACCUUUCACCAUAACCGUCACUUCCGUUCCUUCCUCAGCUCAAUCGAAUCGCAGCAGCGCCCAUUCCCAAGGGUUAUUGCCGCCGUUGUCGUCUAGCGGCAAGGACAGUUUCUCGAGUUUCUUGGCCCAAGCCGAACAGCAGAAUCUGUUGCUGAAGAAACAACAACAGCAGCAACAGCAACAGCAGCGAAAGAGCUACGAGGCGAUGAUAGCCGAUAUAAGCAAAGUUUCGGACUUUAGCUCUAAGGUGAAUUCUUACUCUCACGAGGCUAAAGUCAAUAAAUGGCUGGCCGAACAAAACGCCGCUCUGGCGGAGCAACCGCUAUCGGCGGAUUAUUUGACUAGAAGAAGGAGACCUCGGGUUGAUCCGACGCUUCUAGAUUGGAAAAAGCUCACCGGCGAUGAGAAUGUAGCCGUUAUUCACCGGGUUACCGGAAAGAAGCUCACUGGACCGAAAGCGCCGACUUUGAAGCGAUUAGGUCAGUGGUUAAUGGAAAAUCCUAUGUAUGAUAUCGAUCCCAAAUGGUCGGAACUCGUAAAAGAAAGAGGAAAUUUGAGUCAUGACUUGCAAAAGAGAUUGCCAGGUCAAACCAGCAGCGGUUCGAGCAGCAGCGGUAAAAGCAAAUCCAGCGUGCCCGGACCACCGCCUUUGCUUUCGAGUCCCACCGGUUCUACUUCGAGCGUGAGUUCGGCCAAUUUGGUGACGUCUUUGCCGUCUAGCAUGUCGUUUCCGACGCUGGGAACAUCAUCUCUGGCAGGGCUGAAUUCGAACCUGCUCACAGGCCUCUCCGGCCUAGGCCAAUUCGAUCCGAAAACGAAUCCAUUGUUGAUGCCGUUCGCGGGACUGCCCAACAUGGGAGCCCUGGGGUCUAUGGGAGGACUCGGUAAUCUCACGAACAUGAAUUUGUUCGCCAACUUAGCGGGCUUGGGGCUUCCCGGUUUGGGAGGAAUCGAUCCUUCUGCACUAGCGGGUGCAACGGCCGAUCCAUCUAAAAAUUCGAAAUCUAGCACUAGCACUAGCAAGUCGUCUAAGCCACAAGAGGCCCACUCGUCGAGUAAAUCUCAAAGUAGUUCGUUGCCGACUUCUAAUCCGUUCCCGUUCUUCUUCCCGAAUCCGAGUUUGUUGUAUUCUCCGUUCGGUUUGGGAGGUUUGAAUCCGCUAUCGCUCCAACCUGGAAUGUCCGCGGCCUAUGACACGUUGGCGCAGCAGUGCGGUUUGCUUAACGGAAGUUUGAAUCCGUCGGCUUCGCCUACUAGCAGCUCGAAAAUGAAUAAAAUGCCGUCGACUCGCGCCCCAUCGGCGACCACCACCACCAGUUCGGGGCAGAGCAGGCCGAGGACGAGCAGCAGGGACGCGCACCUACAACAGUUACUAUUACCACCAGACACUCAGAUUCUAGAGAGCAUUUCUAAAGCCGCCACAAACUUGGACAUCACUCUUAAGCAGCAAUCGAAGAGCGACAAGAAAGAGGACAAACGGAAAGCUUUGGAAAAUCUGAGAGGUAUGCUACCGACUGAUUUCUCCAGUUCUGUGAAAGAGAAAAAGACUGCAUUGCCGAACUUGUCAGAUUUUACGAAACUCUUGGAAGCCCAAGUCAGCCAUUCGACCAAGAAAUCGCAGGAGCAGCAGAUGAAAGAGGCUCUCGAACAUUUGAGUCGCACCAACAUCGAACUGAUGGCCAAAGCGAUGAGCGACGAGCAAAGUAAAAUGCUGACGUCCGCUUCGUCGUCUUCUAAGAGACCGAGAGAGUCGUUAGAGAUCAUAGAGAAACCCGGUGCUCAGGACGGCGAUCCAGCGGAAUUGCCGCCGGCCAAGAAAUCCAAAGAAGACAAAUCGCGUACGCCGACGCCUCUGACGAUUAUCCCGACGCCCGCGACGACGCCCAGUGUUACGCCAGCUCCAGUGACGCCUACGCCGGCCGCGCCUUCGGCAUCGGGGACUCCCGGAAACGAUAACGAAGGGGUCGACAUCGAGGCCCUGUUACCCCCGUCUACCGUCGUAAAGUCCUCGGCUAGUCCGCAAAAGGUCAAAGAAAAAUCGCCCGAACCUACUCAGGCUUCGAAAGCAAUGCAAGAGAACGAAACCGAACAAAUUGACAAGACAACCGAAAAUCCUUCACCUACUAAAGAAGAGGAACCGUCGAGAUCUGACUUGACCGACGAUUCCGAAUCGCCUCCGAAAAAGAACGCGAAACGGACCAGGGGCAAGCGCAAAUCGGGCGACAUCCCCAUCGAUCACGAGGCGAUAAUCGAAAAGAAAAAUUUGCGUUCGAGCGCCAGCAGAUCGGCGGCGGCGGCCGCCGCCCGGCAAAAGCUCGAAGCGGAGAACGCACAGCGGGAAAGCGAGAACAAUCCUACUUAAAUCCGCACGAUUUUCGUAGAAUAUUUGCUUUUAGAUCAUGGCCUAAAUACAUUUUUCGGUCAAAGAUGUAUCGUUUUUGUGGGUAUUGGUGAACUGUGAUAUAACGUUCAGGACUCACUUCUGAAGUGAUUUUGUGGUGUAAAUUGUCAUAAACAGAAAGAAACUGAUAAUUAUAAUACGCUUGAAUGAAAAAUCAUGUAUUCCCCAUUUUUAGUAAUUAACAAUACUUAGGAUAUAAUUACUGAAUUUCUAGUAGGCUUAAUGAUGGACAAAAGUUAUGCAACUAGUAAAAAGGCAGGGUGUUGUCCCAUGUAUGUGUGGAUUAAACGUUUGUAUACAGAUUUUAUGGGUUUAAAUUUUUUUUACGUAAACAUUGUUCCUGAGGGAUAUACGUUUAUUUAAAUCGUCAUUAUCGAUAUAUUAAAAUUGUGAGCACAAUGUAUGUAUAAAUGUAAUUUAAUUUGUUUCAACCAAUUUCAAAAGCACAAUUUACUAAAACCAUGUUAUAUCUCUGAGCGCAGGGACAUCGGACUCGAAUGCUAAGUGAACACUUUUCUGUGGGUAAAAAAAUGUUUCGGUUGUGUAAAUUUCAUCUCGAGUUUGUGAUUUAGUUUCGUUAUACUACUUUUUAAUUAUAACAUGUUGCAGCGAGUUACUUUUCAUAUUACACUGAUAUUUAAUUUUUCUCAAUUCGCAAUUUGUACAUAUAUAAAUAUGUUAGGCAUUAAAACGAAAUAAUUUUUUAGAUACGGUGUGUGAAGAGUGUAAAUAAAAUUCUAGCGUUUUAUUUUUCUUUUUUUUUAUAUAUAUUGUACGUAUACUGACUGGGCGAAGUUUCAUGAUUGUUUAAGAAGCUUUUAAAUGUACUUGCUAAAUUGAAUGUUAGGACUUAUUUAUUUAUACUUAUAAAAUUGUAAUUUAAGUAAUAUAGAAUUCGUGAACGAUAAGAACUUUGUAUAAUAGCCAACGAGCAGGUUUGGGAAUUUUUCUUUGGCGUUUAAGUAUUGAUUAGAUAACAUUCCUGAAGAAGGGCUUCUCGAUAUUCGGAGUAAUCGUGAAAUGUAACACGUAUUCAUUUUAUACAAUGUACGAAAUUAACGUGAAGUUUCGCCCUGUCCACACUUAAUAUUGCUAUAUAAGUCUGACGAGUAUUUAUUUUAAUUAUUGACAGUGUCCUAACGUAUUAAUUUUUUUUGAAUAAAUAUUGCAUUUGAGAUCUUGGAUGAUUCCAAGCUUUUAUUAGAUCUGUUGUCAACAUUUGCAGCGUGUACACGUAUCAUAGUAUGGUAGCUCUCUGAUUUAUUGUUUGUUAUAAUGUUCAUAGAUAAUUAAAUGAUAUGAAUGAACUAAGA